UUAGUUAUGGUUAUAAAGAGCAAACCUUAAAACUUCUUGUAAUUCCUAAACAAACCAGCCCUACCCUUUGGCACUGCAGAAAAUAUAUCAUUGACAUAGAUAAGUGUAAAAGCUGAGGAAAAUGUCAGGGCUUGGAUCUUCAUGUGGAGCAUGUAAAUUCCUGAGGAGAAAGUGCACAACCGAAUGUGUAUUUGCGCCUCACUUUUGUUAUGAUGAGGCUGCAAAUCACUUUGCGGCAGUGCACAAGGUGUUUGGUGCUAGCAACGUUUCGAAGUUAUUAUUACACCUACCGAUGCAUAAUCGAAGUGAUGCUGCUGUUACUAUAUCUUAUGAAGCACUGGCUCGACUGAGGGACCCCAUACACGGUUGUGUUGCUCAUAUCUUCGCCCUUCAGCAACAGGUUGCAAACCUACAAGAGGAGAUAGAGAUUCUCAAUAACCAAAUGGCCAAUCAUGCAGUUGAGUUUCCCGGCUGUGGAAAUCAUCAAGCAGCUGUUAACUCAGAUGGUAAGAAACAGUCUACUUCACUGCAUGAAACCAUGAACACACUCUAUUAUCAAGAUGAACAAGCUACACUACCCAACCAUCCAGGAUUUAUGACUGGAAAUCAAAUUCUCGAUAGUCAAUUGUGUGAAUCAUUCCCAGGUUCAUACAAAAGGGAAGACCAAAACAUUCUUUGUACCUUGUACCAAAAUCCUCCGGAGAUAAAAUUGGAAGGAGUGGAAUCAGGAAUCCUCAUAGAUUAUCCAUGCAUGGGAAACAGUGGUGCCACCGCAAACAGGAAAGGUCCAAGCUGGAAGUAGAUUCCAGCUUUCAUAACAAGGAAUUGGUCUUUUAAUGUAAGAACCAUGUCUCCACAAGGGAAUGUUUUGUACCGGGAAUGAUGUAAUUUAUGUUAGAUUACUAUGAUUCUUGUGAUGAAUGUUUUAUGUUUGUUAAUUCUAAUCUGAAUUUCCAAGUAUCUGAUGUUUAUAAUUGGAAGAUCAUCUCAACUCUUUUGAUUCUUAUAUCAAUUUUGGAAUAAAAAGCAACCAAAUUGGGAAGCUAUUAAAAGAGAAGAUGAAGCAUGAUCUUGCUAUUAAGGAUGUUACAGAACAGAGAAGCAUGAUAAUGGCAAAG